AUGAGGGUGAACAUUUACCUGCUCGUCUUAGUGCUUGGCUAUAAGGCUGCUGCAGGAAUAAUCCAUCAAAUAGUUGAAGAAAAGAAACCGGUGUCUCUACGAUGUCCUCACUCUGUGGAGGGAGACGUGACGUGGAGCAGAGAGAGGAAUGGAAACAAAACUGACAUACUGACAGUUAGUGGUGACGGAGAAAUAAAACACAUUGAUGACCCGGGCAGACGAUACCGUUCAUUAGGUGAUAAGUCACUGCACAUUGUAAAAGCUGUCGUCUCAGACUCUGGAAGAUACUUCUGUAACAAUGAAGCAGCUGCAGAUCUGACGGUGAUCCCAUCAGGAACAACUAUAGUCCCUGCUCCAGAGAGGACCAGCAUCACUCUGACAUGUCCUCAUGAUGUCGGAGCAUCACAUGUUCCAACAUGGACCAGAGACUCUGGUGGAAUACAACUAAGAAGGUUUGAUGUUUCCCCUGUUGACCAGACGUUGACUAUAACAGACGUGCAGCCUGGUGACUCUGGACUUUACUACUGUGAUGGAAAACCAGCUGUUUAUCUGAACGUGAUGGAAGGUGACCCUGAAGUCCAUCAACUAUAUUGGGUGAUUGGAGUGGUCGUCUCCUUCCUCCUCCUCCUCUUCCUCAUCAUCGUCUACUUCACUCGGAGACGGUUUAAAAGACAAGGAAGUGAAGAAAGAAACCCCGUCUAUGAUGAGAUACAGGAGGGAUUUUUGCUUCAGACGACUAAUGUGACAUCGCUUCCUAAUGAGUCCCCAUAUUCCUUGGUUGGAAAUCAUACAAAUAAAGAUGCAAACUGUGAUCACCGAUCAGUCCCGUCAGUCUGCGUGAGGAUGAGGGUGAAUAUCUACCUGCUCGUCUUAGUGCUUGGCUAUAAGGCUGCUGCAGGAAUAAUCCAUCAAAUAGUUAAAGAAAAGAAGCCGAUGUCUCUGCGAUGUCCUCACUCUGUGGAGAGAGACGUGACGUGGAGCAGAGAGAGGAACGGAGACACAGUUAACAUACUGACAGUUAAAGGUGGCCGACUCAUAAAACACAUUGAUGACCCGGGCAGACGAUACCGUUUAUUAGCUGAUAAGUCACUGUACUUUCUAAAUCCUGUCGUCUCAGACUCUGGAAGAUACUUCUGUAACAAUGAAGCCGCUGCAGAUCUGACGGUGAUCCCAUCAGGAACAACUAUAGUCCCUGCUCCAGAGAGGACCAGCAUCACUCUGACAUGUCCUCAUGAUGUCGGAGCAUCACAUGUUCCAACAUGGACCAGAGACUCUGGUGGAAUACAACUAAGAAGGUUUGAUGUUUCCCCUGUUGACCAGACGUUGACUAUAACAGACGUGCAGCCUGGUGACUCUGGACUUUACUACUGUGAUGGAAAACCAGCUGUUUAUCUGAACGUGAUGGAAGGUAACAAGGCACCACCCACAACAACCACAACCACAACCACAACAAGACCAACAUCAGCAGCACUUCCUCCAACAGCAACAACCCUGACAACAGCAACAACAACCCUGACAACAGCAACAACAGGAAAUACAACAGCUAGAACUUCCACCAAUGCAGUGAAACUCAAUCAGUCGUCCAAUACGUGUACCAGACGAGGGUCUGAUUCUGGAUGGUUCUUGUCUUCCAGAGACUCCUUAUCCGUGGCAGAUGUGUGUUCGUACGGUGAUUGGAAUCCUCUAUUUAAUCAUCAUGAUCAGCAUCACCGUCACCACCUGGAGGAAAGCUCGACAAACAGAAGCGACACACAGCAGAAACAGGAAGUGAUGUCUGAUCCUCCAUCACGCAGAAACAAGAGCAUCUAAAAACUAUCAGGAAGUAAAACAAGACAACACGAGGGAGAACAGAAAACCUUCAAGAUAAAACAGGAAGUGGAAAAUAAAACAGAAAAUGUAAUACGAACUCAAAACAACACCUUGACAAAGGGACGAAACGUGAUACAGACUAUAUAUUCUUCGCAUUCCUGCACUCAACCCAUUCAGCCUCUUUGU